AUGAUACCAAGGCUGAAACCGUAUGAAAGCAGCCCACCGUGCCGGCCCAACAUAAUCACGGUGGCCACACCCGGCGUCACGGCGACACGGGCGCAGAUAUCGCGUUACACUGGCACGGAUGGUGUAGAUGUGCUGGAAAAUGCAUGUAGCUGGCGGCCAGGUGGUGAAAAUCGCCGCGAACCGAACCCGAGUGGGGAAACGACUUCUCUUCUUAACGGCAAUAACGAAUGUGUGCUAACACCGGAUGUGGAUCCCCCACUUCUGUACCACGCCACGUGUCGUCUGGCCCCUCGGUUGUUAAAUAACGUUAUGGCAUCCCCAGAGAUGGAUGAGGUUGUGUACAACAGGUGUAGCUUUAAUCCAGUUCAUUGGUUUCUGAUGGUUAAGGAGUUCUUCACCGCGGUUUUUUUCUCUGUCCGUCCCGUGCGCUUCGCGUACUCAAGGGUUCGGAUGACGAACCUGGGCGGGGAGAGAGACCAGGCGGUGUGUGAGCGGGAAAUUCGUCGGGCGGUGCGUAAAAUAAAGGAGCGCGGCGCCGACGGCUCAUCACCGGAGCGGCCACUCCGUCUUCGACUCGUCUUGUUCGGCUGCAGCCGUGGAGCGACGACAACGCUUUAUACAGCGCUUAAACUCCCGUACGAACUUGCUUGUUAUGUUUCCUUGGUGGUCGUUGAAGCGCCGUUUGAUACUCUGCACGAUGUGAUAGCGGAGUCAUCUUGGUUUCCGAAUUUUACCAUGUGGUUCUUUCGUACCUUUUGUGAAUACAACGGCAAUGAACCGUACGCAUUUGACCCGAGUCGUGUGCAGCUGCGGUGUCCCGUCGCCUUUGUACUUUCUCUGAAGGACACAAGAGUGCCAAACAAGCUCACGCGUCGGCUGAUCAACGUUCUGAAGACGCAGUGUCCGCAGAUUCCCGCGGUGGAAGUGCUGGAGCUGAAACACAGCCGCCAUCCAUUGAUGGCUGUCGGGCAUCGCGAAGACCAAGACGCCUAUGUUGCAUUUAUGGAGCGGCUGUACGACACAUACUGCAGUUGA